CUUUUUAGCCUGUUUUCAGGGUUGAAGUAAAAUUUUGACAUUUUCAGUUACCAGAAAAGGUUGGAGUUAUUUUCAGUACAAAUAACAGAAAAAGUUGGGUAUUUUGCCAAAUGGCUUCAUACAAAAGUCGUAUGUUUCUUUACGAUUGGGAAGAGGAAAAGUACGUGUUAAAUUACGAAGGAGAUUUUCUGAAACCGAUGGAUUGGAAGUCAGAUGAAAAUGUUUGUAAUUUUGAGAAGACUAUAAAGUUUGACAGAGAACUGAGAGGAGACAUUGAUGGUAAAAAAUGUUUAAAUGAAGACAACUUGAAAAAAGAAACAAAAGGAAUGGACAUUGUUGAUGCAGCAAUAAAGAAGAUGCAAAAUAGAUCAGAGAACUUCCUUUAUGAGAUUUCAAAAGGUCACCAAAUGAUGAUGUCUGUAUUGAGCAAUAGAUUGUUACGGCUAACUGCAGCUCAAACAUUGUGGUAUAAGGAUAUGAACAGUUUUAUGGAGUACAUUUUAAGGUUAGAUGAUGAUGCAGUUAUGACGGACAUUCUUCCUAUUUUAUCAAAAAGAGUGAAAGCAGAUGGCCCAGAUUUAUCAACUUUGUCCAUGGGAGCCUGUCUUGAUUUGUUGCCAGUUUUAGAAAAGUUACUAAAUUCUAAAUAUGAAGAUUAUAUCAUUGCAUCUAUCGAUAUGAUACGUGAAAUAAUGAAAAGAUGGUGGAAACAGCUUCAGAUGAUGGGGAAGAAAGAAGAAGAAGAAUUGAAUUCUGAUCUUCAAUGUAGCAGAAGUGUACGAGGUGUAUAUAUAUUACUUAUUGCAAUGAAUCACCGCAUAGAAGCUUUGGCAUCUCGCAGUGGAAAGAUAGGAGAAAAAUCAAAAGUACUUCAACAGCUUCUAGCUCUUCUUUAGAAAUUCUUUGGAUUCUUUUUUUUUGAGUGACUAACGCUAAAUCGUGGAGGGCAUUUCGUGAGUGACUGUAUAGUGUAUAUUGUCAGGUUUAUCGAAGAUUUGUAGGAUAUACUGACAGCCACUUUUUAUUAAUGGGAUUAAAUGAAGGUUUUGUGGCUCUAAAGUACUAUGAAGACGUGCUUGUCAAAGGAAAAAGCUCCGAAUUCGAACAAAAGUUUUCCAAUCUAAUAAGUUGAAUUCGAGUUGAGCAGAUAAUCAUUACUAGAAAGUAGUGUUAGAAAGUUAGGCCUGAGUUGAACUCUUUCAAAUUCAAACAGUAGUAAACAGUUAUAUUCUUCAAAUUUUCUAUCUAGUAAUUAUUAAGUGAAUGGUUUUAACCCAA